AUGGGGCCUCGGCCGUGGGGCAAACCCCCGGGGCGACGGCCGCCACCGCCGCCACGGCCGUCACGGCCACCACGGGCGGUGGCGGUGACGGUGGCGGUGGCGGUGGCGUUCCUGGCCCUGUUGGCCGGAGCCACGCCCACUCUGGCGGCUAGACCUCGGCACGCCGCCGUCGCAGCCGCGGCGCUGGCGCUGGACAGGCUGCGCGCACGCCUGGACGCGCGCGGCCUGAGCGACGUGGCCUACGCGCUGCUCAGCGAGCACGGCCCUCACUCGCGCUCCUCCGCCCGCCGCCUGGCACGACGCCUCCCCUCCUCCGCCUCCUCGUCGUCGUCCGCGGUGACGGCCCACGCGCAGGCCUCGUCCGGGCCCGACCUGUGGACCCUGCUGGGCGGGCAGCGCAACGACAUCCUCGUCUACGACAGGUGCGGUCGCCUCACGGUGCGCCUCUCACUGCCCUACUCCUUCCUGGACUUCCCCUACGUGGAGUCGGCCAUCGUGGCCACCCACACCAAGGAGGUGUGCGGGGCCUGCCCGACCAGCGGCGAGGCCCCCGGCAGCGCCGACACCGCCACCGCCGCCCCCGCUGACGUCGCGAAGGUUCGCCCUGGCGACGGCGGCGGCGGAGGAGGUGGGGAGGGGCGGCCGGCGAGCGUGGACUACGACUGCAGAGACGACGACGACGACGACGACGACAAGAAAAUCGAGGCGCACGGAGAAGAAGACGCCGAGACGCGCGGCAAGAUCGACGCGCUGAGACGGCAGCUCAAGAAGUCAGAGCCGCCUCCAAACCACCACCACCACCACGGCCACGGCCACGGCCACCACCACGGUCACGGCGGCGCCGGCAGCGGUAGCCGGUGACCGCUGCUGCCCGGUCGCGUUCGUUUUGGCUACCGGUGAGCGAUGGAGCGCGCGGGCGGCGGCGUCGGCGGUGGCGGCGGUGACGUCGCGUGACGGUGACACUGACGGACGUUCGGCCCGGCGGCCAAAGCACCGCCGGGCGACGACGGGGCCGGCGCCGCCGCAGUCGUCGCGAGCGUUAGCUGACGGUGCCUCGGGGCGACGCACCUGCCGGCGUCGUGCACGUGACGGGCCGGCGGCGGCGGCGGUGGCGGCGACAUCGCCGCCACGGAGGAGGAGACGUGACAGUGACGGCCCCGGACGGCGGACGUCGACUGACGUCGGACGGACAAGUGGCUGCGGUCGUGACGCUGAGAGCCGGCGCCGGCCGCCGGGCGGAGCGAGUGACGGUGAGUCGCGGAGUGACGCGGCGCCGGCGGCGGCGGCGGCGGCGGCGGCGCCGCGCGGUGCUCCGAGUGACGGUGACGUUGCCGGGCGCCGGCAGCGCGGGACGAGGAGGCGGUGGAGGGAGGCGGCGCGGGCGACUGAAGGUGACCGGCGGGCGACUGACGCCCGCUGGCCGGCGACUGUAAGAAGGAAUGAAAGGUGGCGACGAAGGGCUGACGGUGACUGACGAGUGACUGACGGGGAAGGAGGGACUGCAAGUGACUCACCAGUGAGUGACAGGCGGGAGUGAAGGACUGAAAGUGACUCACCAGUGAAUGACAGGAGGGAGUGAAGGAUUGAAAGUGACUUACCAGUGAAUGACAGGAGGGAGUGAAGGAGUGAAAGUGACUCACCAGUGAGUGACAGGGGGGAGUGAAGGACUGAAAGUGACUCACCAGUGAAUGACAGGCGGGAGUGAAGGACUGAAAGUGACUCACCAGUGAAUGACAGGAGGGAGUGAAGGAGUGAAAGUGACUCACCAGUGAAUGACAGGAGGGAGUGAAGGAGUGAAAGUGACUCACCAGUGAGUGACAGGAGGGAGUGAAGGAUUGAAAGUGACUCACCAGUGAAUGACAGGAGGGAGUGAAGGAUUGAAAGUGACUUACCAGUGAAUGACAGGAGGGAGUGAAGGAGUGAAAGUGACUCACCAGUGAAUGACAGGGGGGAGUGAAGGACUGAAAGUGACUCACCAGUGAAUGACAGGAGGGAGUGAAGGAUUGAAAGUGACUCACCAGUGAAUGACAGGAGGGAGUGAAGGAUUGAAAGUGACUCACCAGUGAAUGACAGGAGGGAGUGAAGGAGUGAAAGUGACUCACCAGUGAAUGACAGGAGGGAGUAAAGGACUGAAAGUGACUCACCAGUGAAUGACAGGAGGGAGUGAAGGACUGAAAGUGACUUACCAGUGAAUGACAGGAGGGAGUGAAGGAUUGAAAGUGACUCACCAGUGAAUGACAGGAGGGAGUGAAGGAGUGAAAGUGACUCACCAGUGAAUGACAGGAGGGAGUGAAGGAGUGAAAGUGACUCACCAGUGAAUGACAGGAGGGAGUGAAGGAGUGAAAGUGACUCACCAGUGAAUGACAGGAGGGAGUGAAGGAGUGAAAGUGACUUACCAGUGAAUGACAGGAGGGAGUGAAGGAGUGAAAGUGACUCACCAGUGAAUGACAGGAGGGAGUGAAGGAUUCAAAGUGACUCACCAGUGAAUGACAGGAGGGAGUGAAGGAGUGAAAGUGACUCACCAGUGAAUGACAGGAGGGAGUGAAGGAGUGAAAGUGACUCACCAGUGAAUGACAGGAGGGAGUGAAGGAGUGAAAGUGACUCACCAGUGAAUGACAGGAGGGAGUGAAGGAUUGAAAGUGACCCACCAGUGAAUGACAGGAGGGAGUGAAGGAGUGAAAGUGACUCACCAGUGAAUGACAGGAGGGAGUGAAGGAUUGAAAGUGACUCACCAGUGAAUGACAGGAGGGAGUGAAGGAUUCAAAGUGACUCACCAGUGAGUGACAGGAGGGAGUGAAGGACUGAAAGUGACUCACCAGUGAAUGACAGGAGGGAGUGAAGGAUUGAAAGUGACUCACCAGUGAAUGACAGGAGGGAGUGAAGGAGUGAAAGUGACUCACCAGUGAAUGACAGGAGGGAGUGAAGGAUUGAAAGUGACUCACCAGUGAGUGACAGGAGGGAGUGAAGGAUUCAAAGUGACUCACCAGUGAAUGACAGGAGGGAGUGAAGGAGUGAAAGUGACUCACCAGCGAAUGACAGGAGGGAGUGAAGGAGUGAAAGUGACUCACUAGUGAAUGACAGGAGGGAGUGAAGGAGUGAAAGUGACUCACCAGUGAAUGACAGGAGGGAGUGAAGGAGUGAAAGUGACUCACCAGUGAAUGACAGGAGGGAGUGAAGGAGUGAAAGUGACUCACCAGUGAGUGACAGGCGGGAGUGAAGGAGUGAAAGUGACU